GACAAAAGAGGGAAGUAUUAGAUUCCAUCAAAGUUCAACAUUUUCUCCUUCCUUUUUUGCCUGCUUUUUUGGCGUUACGCAAAAAUCAACAACAGACGAGUUGUGAUGAAGUUUCUAUCAAGUUGACUCCGGCGAUUAUCCAAAGUGAAUAAUAUGUUAUCAGCAUCCAAAGUGUUUCCAUUUGUAUUGAUGUUUUUACAACAUUUCCGGAAAAGUGAGUUUAGUGUUUUCAAAUCAAAUGCCAAAAAUGGAUUACCCGAUGCAAUAAAUAGUUCAAAGACAUUUUCACCCAUUAAAAAGGGCAAUGUUAAUGAAGUGACCAGUUUUAUUGGUGGAAUGGCUCAGUUGCCCUGCAAUGUAACGGCAGGGAUGAAAGAUGAUUCAAUACGUUUAAUAUUGUGGUUUAAAGAUAGUCUACCUGGCGGACCAAUUUACAGUGUCGACUCGAGAAACGCCAGUCUUAGUUUAGCCAAACAUUUUUCUACAAUUGAAAGCAUUGGAGUUCGAGCUUCGUUUGAUUUAACAACCAAUCCAGCCUACCUUAUUCUUGAUCCGUUACGAGAAGAGGAUAUCGGUGAAUACAAGUGUCGAGUUGAUUUUGUUGAAGGACGAACGCUCACUACAAUUGUUCAUCUCAAAAUAAUAGUUCCGCCUUCAAACAUUGUGAUAACUGAUUCAAAUGGUCAUUCAGUUGAAACUUGGGCUGGUCCCUAUGAUGAAUCAUCAACAAUUAGCUUCACCUGUACAUCAAAAGGAGGAGCGCCAUUGCCUUCACUCAUUUGGUUCCUCAACGGAAAACAAUUGGAUCAGCCUUACUUCACUGAAGAAUCAAACAAAACUGUUACAAGUAGCCUGGAGAUUCACAACGUUUCUCGUGAUCACCUCAAUUCCGUCCUUAUGUGCAAAGCAACUAAUGAAUUGUAUCCAGCCUCGAUAAAUGUCUCAAUUACAUUGGAUAUUAAUUUGAAACCUCUUUCUAUUGAAAUGAUUCCACCAAGGAAACCUUUGAUUGCCGGACAAUCUGCUGACAUUAUUUGUGAAUCAAUGUAUUCAAGGCCUCCAGCAGUUUUGACUUGGCUUAAGAAUAAAAAGAAGCUUCUUGAUGAAAGAGAAAUCAUCACUGAAAGCGGCAACAAGACGACAAGUGUACUAAACUUCGUGCCUUCUCAUGAAGAUAAUGGACUUUAUCUCAUUUGUAAAGCUGAAAAUAUCAGGCUCAAGAACAGUGCCAUUGAAGACAAACUGCUUCUCUAUGUAAGGUUUGCACCAAUUACUUCUCUUGUAAUGGAAAACCAUCAAAGUUUAAUGGUUGUUACUGGUGAUAAUAUUGAGUUACACUGUCAAACCAAAGCAAAUCCAGAAGUUAGUGAAUACUCUUGGAGUUUUCAAGGGAAACCCAUCGAUCAUAAGAUUUCCAUGAAAAAUGCAAAAAUCAAUGGAUCAUUUCUAAGCAUCAAUUCUGUUGGUAAAGAAAAUUCUGGAUCAUAUAAGUGCUCAGCUAAAAAUGAAAUUGGCUCUGGUGAAAGUGACCUUAAUCUUAAAGUUAAUUAUUUACCCGUAUGUGAACAAAAUCAAAAGACUACUUAUGGAAUUGGUUUACGUGAAACUGUUCGAAUACUGUGCGUUGUCGAUGCUUCACCGGCUACAAAUUUAACCUUCCAUUGGACUCUAAACGAUACUCAACUUGCCCUUAACCUCAAGUAUCCGACCAAUGUUGAAGGAUUGAGAAGUUCACUUCUAUUUACUCCAUUGAACUUAUAUGAUUAUGGAUACAUUCAAUGUUGGGCUCGAAAUGAAAUUGGUAGCCAGCAAAAGCCUUGUAUAUUCCAAAUUGUGCCAGCAGGCCGUCCAAGUGAACCCUCCAAGUGUACCAAAACCGAGUUGAAUGAUGUUGCACUCAAGAUUUGCUGUGAUCCCGGUUAUGAUGGUGGACUGGUUCAAAAGUUUCACCUUGAAGUGUACAAAAGUGAACAACUAAGUGCCAAUGUAAUAUCAAAUGUGACCACAAGCGAGACACCUCCUUGCUUCACCCUUGACAAUUUAACUCCUUCAAUCCAUUAUAUUUUCAACAUUUACUCGUCCAAUUUAAAGGGUAAAAGUGAUAAAAGUUUCACAUUAACUGGAACCAAGCAAACAACCAAACAACUACCAUUAGAGAAGGGAACAAAAAAUGCAAGUCAAAUGUCUUCCUCGAUGGUAACCAUUGCCUUUGCUCUUCUCUUCCUUUCGAGUUUAUUGGUUCUGAUAAUAUUGAGACGAAGAUCUAAGACAGCCAAAUUAUUGCCUAAACCAGAAAUGGAUGUUAACAGUUAUUCACCUUCACUUAAACCUUCACCUUCUCAAUUAAAUCUUGAAGCUAAAAGUCCGGACAUUAUUCCAUUACCACGAACAAGCAUCGAUUUUGAAACUGAAUCAUUCAUUCAAUCAUGGGCCAAUCUAGAGGCUAAAAAUGAUCGAAGAGCCAUUUACAUUUCUUGCAAAGAUGCCAACUCAAUGGCCAUUCCAAUGAAAAGGAUUCCUUAUAAUGCUAUAAUUUCAACUGAUCCAACAAAUGAAAUGAUGGCGAUGCCUUACACGAGCAUUGUUUAACUUCAACUGCAAGAUCAAGUGCGAUGGAAGGAAAACAAUUGAAUGGAAAAAAUUUUAAAAAUUAUUUUUCUCUUUUCGUUUCUUUUUGCUCUUCUUUUGCCCAUCAAAUUUCAUUCCAAUAA